AGCCUACUUGGAAUACAUAAAAGAAGAAUUCCCAAAGAUUGACGAUGAAGUGUACCAAUAUGUUGAAGGUAUUGCUUGAAGAUAAUCUUAUUACUUCAGAAAUGUUUAGUGUGUCAUGAGUUGUCCCCUCACUUUGUCACUGUUUCCCACCGAAAGCACGGAGUACUCUCAGGCUCCGCAGAUGAUUUUGAAGACAGCGAAGAAAUAUAUGAAGCCAUUGGAGGAGUCUUGCAGGAGGUGGGGGAUGACAAGUCAGAAGAUGAUAUAAAAGAUAUAUGUGAAAAGCUGUGGGACAUAAUGAGACCAGAAACAGAUUCUGUGAAAAAAGUAAAUAGAGUUUUGGAAGCGCCAGUCCAUCUGAAGUCAUUAUCAGACAAUCAGGACAAUGACAUAACUGAAAUUAAGAGCAUAUGGGUCACUCAAAGAGAUGAUGUUUUGAAAGUGGAUGCUAAAAAGUUAGAAAAGGCUGAAGCAAAGAUAAAGCAAAGGCAAGAGAAAAGAACUGCAGAAAUGACAAACCGUCCUGUAGCUGCACCCGUAAAAUUGGAAACAGCCUCAGCAUCCCAGGUUACAAGUCGAAAAGAUGCCAAAAUGGAAGCCAAAGGAUCAAAUCGGACUCAAGAUAUUAGAAUUGAGAACUUUGAUGUAGCAUUUGGAGAUAAAGUACUUCUACAAGGAGCUGACAUUGUUCUCUCAUUUGGAAGGCGUUAUGGACUGGUUGGGAGAAAUGGACAUGGUAAAACUACAUUGCUGCGUAUGAUCUCAGGGGCUCAGCUUCGUAUUCCUUCUCACAUAUCAAUCCUGCAUGUGGAACAGGAAGUUGUUGGAGAUGAGACCCCUGCCUUGCAAAGUGUUCUUGAAUGCGAUACAAAACGUGAAGAAUUACUUAAACGUGAAAAAGAAAUUACUGCAGCUGUGAAUGCAGGAACUGCUGAUACCAAAAUGUCAGACGAAUUAAGUGAAGUUUACAUAGCUCUUCAAAACAUGGAAGCUGACAAGGCACCAGCAAGGGCAUCUCGUAUUCUCAAUGGUCUUGGUUUCACUGUUGAAAUGCAAAGUUGCAAGACAAAAGAAUUUUCUGGUGGCUGGAGAAUGCGUUUGGCUCUUGCCAGAGCACUAUUUUCUAAACCAGAUCUGUUGCUGUUGGAUGAACCCACCAACAUGUUGGAUAUCAAAGCUAUCAUCUGGUUAGAAAAUUAUCUCCAGAAUUGGCCUACAACUCUACUUGUUGUCUCCCACGACCGUAAUUUCCUGGAUACUGUGCCUACAGACAUACUCCAUCUUUAUGCUCAGAGAUUAGAAGCUUACAGGGGUAAUUAUGAGCAGUUUGAGAAAACUAAGAAUGAAAAGCUGAAAAACCAACAAAGGGAGUGGGAAGCCCAGCAGCAACACAGAGACCAUGUCCAGGCUUUCAUUGAUCGCUUUAGGUACAAUGCAAACAGAGCAUCAAGUGUCCAGAGCAAGAUUAAAAUGCUUGAAAAAUUACCAGAGUUGAAGCCAGUGGAAAAAGAAGUUGAUGUGGUGUUAAAAUUCCCUCCUGUUGAACCUCUUUCACCACCAAUUCUGCAACUAUCUGAGGUGUCCUUUGCUUAUGAAAGUACAGGUCGAACUAUCUUUAGUAAUGUUAAUCUCAAUGCAACUUUAGAAUCCAGGAUAUGUAUUGUUGGAGACAAUGGAGCUGGUAAAACCACUUUACUAAAAAUUAUCAUGGGCAUCAAUGCGCCUACACGGGGUGAUAGAGUUAUUCAUCGUAAUUUGAAAUUUGGGUACUUCAGCCAGCAUCACGUUGAUCAACUAGACAUGAAUGUGUGUUCUGUUGAACUGUUACAAAAGACAUACCCAGGAAAACCAGUGGAAGAGUACAGAAGACAACUAGGUAGUUUUGGAGUGUCUGGUGACCUUGCUCUCCAAAGUAUAGCUAGUUUAUCUGGAGGCCAAAAGUCUCGGGUUGCAUUUGCUGUAAUGUGCAUGGGUAAUCCAAACUUUCUCGUUUUGGAUGAACCUACUAACCAUCUAGAUAUUGAAUCGAUUCAUGCUUUAGGUCUUGCAAUCAACAAGUACUUGGGUGGAGUUAUUCUGGUAUCCCACGACGAAAGACUGAUUCGUAUGGUCUGUAAAGAACUUUGGAUAUGUGGUGGUGGGAGUGUUCAUAGCAUUGAAGGUGGUUUUGAUGAAUAUCGUAAAAUUGUUGAGCGAGAACUAGCUGAGCAAAAUAAAUAAUCUGUCACUUUUAAUUGAACCAUUUCAAUCAUGCUCAUGUAUUAGGUAAUGUUAAUGUUACUGUUUGUCAUUCAUGGCCAAAUUGUUUCAAUCCAUGGCAUCAUCCUGCUAAUUAGAUUCCUUGAAGCGUCUUUUCUAUUUCUGACCGUGUCAAAGCUUCAUUAUUUCCUCAGCUGUUAUUGUUUGGCUUCAGAUGUGUUUCUCUUUUCUUCUUGUUUUUGCAACUGGACCAUCAGGUGACAUUAUGUCUUUUGUCCAUUAAAUUUCCUGUUUGUACUUAGAACAGGUUUGGGGACCAAAAACCUUUAUCAAUAACAAGUAGCCUUUCAAAGUGUGGUGCACUGUCAAAGCAUCUAGAAAUUUUCUGUGUCUAACAGUACCUAAUUUACCUUCAGCUCGUUUCAAGAAUGAUUAUUCAAUGAUUUCUGGAAAUAUUCCAUUCUACCUAUUUUGCAUGAUGUCCAUGACAAUCUCUUUUGUUCUUUCUACUAUAGUUCAUAGCCUUAUGAAAAUGGUCUACCAAACCAAAUAAAAGAAGUUUGGAAAUGCAUUUGUAUUUUUGCAAAUGUGAUCUGAUCUGACCACCACUACCUUUACUUCAGAGACAUUUAUGGUUAAAUGAACUCUUUUAAGAACAAUGUGUUAAGUACCACUUUAUAACUGUUUAUAGGAGCAAGAUCCACCACAUAUCAUUGGUGUGGAUUUUUACAGGAACUGGCUGAUCUGUGAAAAUACUUCUAUGUGAUACGUGAUAUUUUAAUGAAGUUGUGAUUUUGAAGUUAGUAGACCACUGCCUUUUCUACAUUACAACAUUUUUUUAAAAGAGUAAUUAAAAACAUUUUGUUACCAAAUUGAUUGUUCCCGAUAUCACCAAAUGUCCCCUAUGUGGAGAAUGAUGGAUAUAAUGAUUGUAAAAUGAAAUGUACUUGCCUUUAUAUGACAACAAUUUAUUUUGAUCUGUAUUUAUUAAGAGUGCCUGUCACAUUCAUUUUGACUUGUUGGUUUUAUUGGUUGCAAUCUUUGAUAAGCUAUAAUAGACAAUGCUGGACAGUGUCUGUUAAAACCCUGCUGGAGUCGCUUUAGUUGUUAAAGAGUACGAUAAGAAGGAUAAAAAAUAUAUACGUUUGAGUAUGAA